CCUACAUACCUAUCUACUUACAUCCUAACCUAGAUAUUAGAUAUUAACUACCUAGGUAUCUAAAAUUAUAAAAUUAUUAUACUACAAUGUGAUAACACAUCCGUAUGUCAUAAUACAACUAAACGCGGCCUCGAUUCAAAUUCGUAUAGUUUAAUAAAAGGGAAGAACUUCAAAAGGUCAAGACGAAAAGUAAAAUAAAAGUCGAGUUGUGCAAAAGUUCCCGAUGCUGUGUAAUGGGUCCAAGUCCGAACAGUCCUAGACUCCUUAGGCGAACCAGUGUUGGUUAUGUAUUUACAACAUAGCCGCCAGGAUUCAGCUCCACGUUUCAAAAUUACUUUCCUUCCCUACUGCAGCCCAUGCUUUAGCUCGUAGGGAAACAUGGUCUAAGUUCUCGAAGCCCUACAGAAUUCUCCCUGCUGCUGGACCGCUAUUAGUGUACAUAGUAUUGUGCCGCAUACCUUCCCACCCGGGCCUGGACCUUUUGCUGACAAAAGCUUGUUGGCAUUCCGUUCCCAAGUAACUCCCGUCUUCGUUCGUUUCUUCCUGAUCUCUGGGAUAGGAAUUUCUUCUGUUUAUCCCACACCGUAAAUGUUAUGGGCUUAUAAGGGCCAACAUCGCGAACCCCCCCGGCUCCAGAAAGAUGAUUAGGCCGUCAUCGCUCAUCGCCUUCUUAGCGGUGUUUGCUACCUCGACCGUACGAGCGCAGCAAGAGUCGCUCAAGGUUGGCAAGUUCUUCAACCCUCCCAAUGCCCUCGAUGGGCCAACCGAUUAUUCGACGAACCCAGUAUGGACGCUCGGCGAGAUCCAAACUAUCAAGUUCACUACCACAUAUUCAAAUUACACCAUUGAUCUAUGGCAGGAGAGCCGAGAUGGUGGCUCUGCAUCGGCUGGACCAAGCAUAUUCCAGACGCGGUCUGGUGCUGUAACUCAAUUUGACUGGUCGGUCCAGGCGUUCGAGUUCGACUUAUCGAAUUUCGACAUGUUUUUCCUUUGGCUGUCACCGUUAGAAUCAGGUGACCCGAACCCGCUCUCCGUCACCUCGCGUUACUUUAACAUCACAAGAGCCCCCGCCAGCACGAGCACAUCUUCGUCGUCGACUAGUGCCUCUGGUUCGUCUAGCACUAGCCCGCCAUCCAGCAGUGCUACCCAAAGUACCACCUCGCUACCUGCUGUAUCACCAACAGCAAACCCCGACAAUGGUUUAAGUGCCGGUGCUUCAGCCGGUAUCGGUGUCGGCGCCGCCCUUGUAGUUAUCGCCCUUGUAGCAGGUGGCUUCUUUUUGUGGAGGAGACGAAGGAAUAGUAACAACUACCAAACGCCCGCAGCCGCCGCUGCUGCUACGAGCCCUAAUCACAACGACGAUCUGCCAGAGAUGCCAGAGGUGACGCAACUUUCAGCGCAGAAACCGCCAUUGUAUCCCGUGGAGCUGGAAAGUGGAUAUCCUCCUCAGUACCACCACCCCGAGAGACCCGCGAGAGUUGAGCUUGACGGAACCCGCCGCUCUGAACUCGAUGGAGGCCACUAAAUCUUUGAGUUACGUGCUGGUUUGGUUAAUUUAUUAGCGACACGAAACCGAAAAUCGGAGGGCUGUUUGAUAGAAUAGGCUUGUCUCGACCGGAAACACGGCCUUAUCCGAGAUGCUAGGAAACAACAUGUAGUCCUAUAUGGUGCGGACUAGAUGCGAUGCUGCAUUGGGCGGGUUUGGAUACUAAUGUAUAUUUACAGAUACUGAAAUACCCCUUUUAUAUCCCCUUAAUGUUACUAGGGAAUCUUAUCAUUUCUAUACUCUGGCAAGGUGGUUGGAUUGUAUUCAAGACAUGUACUCGGCUUUAUGAUAUCCAGGUUCGAAGUUGAUUUAUUGAUGUUGUACAAUAUACGAUUACAUGCAUACCUACAUAGGUAACCUACAUAGGUAACCUACAUAUAUACAUAUUCUUCCCUUAUAGUUUUCGCGACACGUGACUUCCGCAUCAGCCACCGAGAAGUGUGUUUAAUAGGACAGGUCACGAUAAGGCAAGAACCUAUACAUGCGGCUUCGAACGUGGCUGACGCGAGAGGCGUAACUAAAAUAAAUAGUGCC